AUGGCUUCUUACAACCAGACCUGGUUUAGUAUUCAAGGAUUUAGAGUUACCUCUCCUCUACAGUUAUGUGUUUUCUCACUUCUGCUCCUUGUGUAUGUGUUCUCCAUUUUGGUGAACAUGUUGAUCAUAAUAAUUAUAACCUUACAUCAGCAUCUUCAAACUCCAAUGUAUUUUUUCCUGAGAAAUUUGGCAAUCUUAGACAUGAGUCUUUCUUCUUGUACAUUGCCCAAACUGCUAGUCAUCUUUGGUAGUGGUGAUGAAUCCAUAUCAUUCAGUGGUUGUAUGCUGCAACUAUAUUUCUAUAUAUCUGUUGGGAGCAUAGUGUUCUAUACACUGGGACUCCUGUCACUUGACAGGUACAUUGCCAUCUGUCACCCUCUCCGAUAUAACACACUCCUGCCCAUCCAACUGUGCAGGAAACUUGUCAUUUUUGCAUGGGUAUUUGGGUUUUUGGAGUUCAUCCCAAUGAUUUUUCUAACUUCCCAGCUGGAUUGGUGCAGUAGCAAUGUUGUCAUUGACCACUUCUUCUGUGAUGGUUCCACAUUACUACAUAUAUCCUGCUCUAGCACUGAUGUGGUCGAGAAUAUAUAUUUUUGGUUUGCAUCUAUCACUAUUUUAGGUACAUUUCUUCCUACACUCUCUUCCUAUUGCUUUAUCAUUUCAACAAUCUUACGUAUCUCAUUAUCUACAUGUAGAAAGAAAAUGUUCUCCACCUGCUCUUCACAUUUUAUUGUUGUGUCAAUUGCUUAUGGAUGUUGCAUUUUUAUUUAUGUUCGCCCAGCAGGACAUUUUACAACCAGACAUGAGAAAACUGUGGCUAUCUUCAACAGUAUUUUAGCUCCACUGCUACAUCCAUUAAUCUAUACCUUGAGAAACCAAGCAGUCUUGCAUGGUUUAAAACAUAUGUUAAAAAAAAUAAAAUCAAUUAACAAUUGA